AUAAACGUCGAAUAAUGAGGUCUCGCCUCCUGCUUUCACUUUUGCCUCUUUACCAGGGACGCCUCCUACCCACAGCUCAAACCCUAGCAGCCGAACAGAGCCAUCCUCUCCUCUGUUCUCACCCACGCUAAAGCCCCUGCUUCAUCCACCUCUGUGAGUCUCACAGAGAGAGAGAGAGAGAGAGAGAGUCGUGCGCUGUAAUGGAAGACCAUCCCUCGACACGACAACUCAAGCGAGCUGAACUCACCCAAGCUGCUUCGACUCCGACCAUGUCGAAGCGACCAGGACCUGACGUCCUCGAAGAAAGGUCUGAUUUACAGCCCGAGCGCGUGAGCGAAUCGCCUCUUCUUCUUCCCUCUUCGGACUCAUCGGAGAAGAUCCACGUGCCGUUGGCGUACGGAGCGAAUUCUGACCCAUCUGCUUCGUCCACUCCUGUGAUUGGAAACAAUUACCAUGUAUUCUUGAGCUUUAGAGGCCCCGAUACUCGCAAUGGCUUCGUCGAUCACCUCUACCAUAAACUCAAAGAUGUGGGCCUGAGGUUCCAUCCAAACUUCGCGUUCAGAGAUGAUGAGGACCUCCCCUUCGGUGAGGACGUUGCUGCAAAUCUUGUCAGUGCAAUCAACCACUCUAAGAUUUCAAUCCCGGUCAUCUCGGAAAAUUAUGCUGCUAGUCAAUGGUGUCUCCGCGAGCUCAUUCAAAUAGUGGAGUGCGUUGAAAGAGGAGAGCAAAAAGUCCUGCCCGUGCUUUACAAGGUGGAAUGUAAUGAUGUGCGAAACAUGCUGGGAAAAUUCGGAGAUGCCUUCCGACGCCGCAAGCAUAGAUUUGAUAAAGAGGUCAAGCGACAAGGGAAGGAAGCGCUCAAAAAAGUACUUGACUUUAGAGUAUUCGAAUCAGAGAAAUUUGCUAGUGGGCAUGAGGGGAAAUUAGUGAAGGAACUCCUAGAAAUAAUAAUGCGCGAGCAGCAACAUAAUUUUCAACCACAUCUUCCCCUGAACUUGGUUGGAAUUGAGGAUCGUGUGGCUGAGGUUAUGAAAUUGAUGGAUAUUGCUCGUCCUGACGCUCCAAUUGUUGGGAUUCAUGGGAUAGGGGGUAUUGGUAAGACAACUCUGGCUACGAUCAUCUAUAACAAACUUUUUGACAAAUUUGAGUGGCGCAGCUUUCUCAAGGAUACUAGGGAAACAAUUAAUCGCGAGAGUAUCAAGCAUGUCCAAUCUCUACUAAUCUCAGAUAUAACAAAAAGCCCUACCAGUAGUGUACGUGAUUCUGAUAUAGGGAUUGGAAAAAUCCGAUCAAGUUGUGAAAAUAAGAAGGUACUUAUUCUUCUUGAUGAUGUGGAUCAUCCGGACCACCUUGAUAAAUUAAUUGGAGGUUGUAGUUUCGGGUCGGGAAGUAGGAUCAUCAUUACGUGUCGAGAUAAGGCCCUCUUGAAGUCCGAAUAUAAAAGGUAUGAACUCAAAGAAAUGAAUAGGGAAGACUCUUCGCAUCUGUUUAGCAUAUGUGCAUUUGAAGGCAAACCACCUCCAAAAGAACUAGCGACUCUUUCUCAUGAUAUCGUUGCCACCACUGGAGGGCUUCCCUUAGCUCUCACGGUUAUAGGUUCACGUCUCAAAGGAGAAGAAAAUCAAGAUAUAUGGGGAGAAAUGUUAAAGAAAUUGAGGAACGCGCCUAUUAAGACAGUACUACAAAAGUUGAAGAUAAGUUACGAUUCAUUAGAAUAUGAGGAACAACAAAUGUUUCUAGACAUAGCAUGUUUUUUCAUUGGAACUGACAAAAGAAUUGCCACCUUCUUAUGGGAGGAUCUCAAAUUCUACCCAAGAAUCGGAUUGCAAAUAUUGAUUAACCGUUCGUUAAUAAAAAUUGAUGAUCAGAAUCAGUUGAGAAUGCAUGAUCAACUAAGAGAUUUAGGCAGAGCUAUCGCCUGUCCAGUAGAUAAGAAGCCUUGGCAUUGUAGCAGACUAUGGGACAACGAAGCCGCCAUGAAAGUCCUACGACGCAAGGUAACAAUGGCGUCUACUUUUGGCCUAUCUCAUGUUCUCUAAUGGUAGUCCCUAAUUAUUAUUGUUUCUGCUCUUUUGCUUUAGAUAUUUGACCAUUCUCAACAUGCUGUUAGCAUUUUCUUGGUAAAAGCUACAUCCGAUUUCGGCCUUUUGUUCAUGAAAAGUUUGCAUUUGUGAUUAUGAGGCUCAGAAAAGAGCUAUUAAAAUUGUGUAUUAUUAACUCUUUCUAUUUUGCUCGUGUCGUUUUAAAAUCAUUUUCUAGCAGAUUUAAUACUGCUUCUUACUAUAUUACUUUUUGAAGACCAAGCAUCACACAGGUUUGAAAGUUUACUUUAAGCCACUUAUAAAUCUGGUCCCUCACACUCUAAAACGCACAAGAGUCAUUAUAACCUUAUGCCGAUUGGUUUAUAUUAUUCAACCAAACAACAAAAGCUUUACUGUUGAUCAUUACUUUGUUGACUUUCAUUCUAUGUUCCCAAAAUAUAUCAUCAAUUUAUUUUUGAAGUACGUUGUCGCGAGGAUAAAUACAUGGAUCACAUAUAAUCCACCCU